GCCUGGAUCUGGUGCUGGGAAAUAGCAACAGCUUCGGACCGUCCGAAUCACGGGCAUAAAGGGUGGAUCAAGGGGCGAGGGAUGGAAGAGACCCUGACAUCCUUUCGUAGGCGAGCUACUGGACCGGGAAAGGAGGGAGGAGGGACGCUGAUCUGAGAAGGGACUGGGUCUACGGCGGCCUUGCCAGCAGGGCCCACGCCUUAUCGAUCCCAUUGCCCCCUCCUAGUGGCCUAUCCCUACCCACUUCUCCCUGAUGGGGUUUUCUGGGCCCUGGAGGAUGGUUGCUCAUCACACCUCCCACCUCUCGGAACGGACGCCCUCCUCGUGCCCCGAGGAUCCUGCCCCUUGGUCCAGUCCAUUUCUGCCUACGCGUUCCUUAAUCUUCCCAUAUCCCCGACAGCAUAAUAACUGUGUCAGAAAAGCCCCACUCCCUUCAUAAGCCCUCCUACUCUCUCGAGCAUUCGUAAUAAGAAACAAAAAGCCUUUAAGGGCUUUGGGUUUUGGACAUAAGAUAAAAAUGUGCUCACUUCAUAUUUAAUUAGCUUGAUGUGAUGCUGACCAAACCAGCUAGCUCCUGCGAGUCAGUGUCAGCUAUUAAAAAAAAAAAAAGUGGGUGUGGCAUUACCUCAUAGAAUAGUUGGGAGGAUCCCGGUGGAUCUGUAAUAUCUAUAAGCCUGCUUGCUUUUCAUUAAUUGCUGAAAUAUAAGACCUCAAGAGACUAGGACAUCUAUAUGAGUUAAGGCCUUAUACUGUCAUUAUUAGGACAUCGUACUGGGGACCCCCAUACCCCACCUGUAACCUAUGACCUUAUUUACCCCCAGUCUGUAUCUUACAUCCAAGGCUCAGGUGACCUAAGAUGGGCAAAGUACUGAAGGAAGUCUUAACUGAGGCUGCACUCAAUGUUACGUUGGUUUAGAGAGCCCAGCCAGACUAGUGCUUUCCACUGUCAGGAAGGACUUCUAAAAUUAUGAAGGGACACCUGAGCCAUGACAGAGUAGCGGUGGCUGCAGUAGCCUAUAGCAGCCAGAAUGUCUUUUUUUUUUUUUUUUUUAAUUUGUAAAAUAAUAAGCUUUAUAUUUUAAGGUUUCUGCCUAAGGCUUAAGAAGAAUGCUAAUAAUAACUAUCACUGAUAGAAGUGACGCUGGGGUGUGCGCCCUCUCGAUGCAGAGAAAAUCUAUAGGAAAACGGAUACAGGUUUCAUAUCACCCGGGUAGGGCUGUGGACAAUCACUCUUCUUUGAUGUCAUUACAGCUGUUUUUUCCAUGUUUAAGUGUGAGCCCUUUGAUUUAUAUCAGGACCAUGAACCCUGUCUUAGACAUGGUAACUCUCAGGGUUACGUACACACUCAGAGUCCUCAGACUAUGCCCUUCUCUGUUUCUUUUUAAAGGGGGUUGGGGGGAAGAUCACUUAGAUCCUAUGUCUCAGACAUUUGUGCACUUUAUAUAAACAAAUCCUUUCUCUCUCUCAUAGUAGCCCUAGUGAGUAUGCUCUAUUUUCACUAGGUGGUAGACAGUGUAACUCAGGCUUCUAAAAAUAAGUAACCUGACCACAUAGCUUGGUAAGUAGUUUCUGCUCUACUAUUACCUACAAGGCCUAUGACUCUUCUAAUGCAAUAUAGCUUUUAUAUUACCUAGACCUGUUCAACCUGAUAUGUCCUUUGAGGAUGCUUAGACUGGCUGUUGCUGGCAAGGUUAUUGGCAGUACCCAGAACACAGGGAUCUGUGCUAAACAGUAGUAUAGGUAGGCAGGAGUAGUACUGAUAACCUUGUUAAUAAAUGAAUGGAUGUCAUAUAUGUGAGUCAGAGGGAAACCCACUAAAGGAUAACUUACGCUGUAGAAGUUUAAGCAGGGAGCCAGGACCUGGCUCUGAUUGGUCCCAUUCCUCUUGGGUUAAGGUUUGGUUAGUUUUAACUCUCUGGGAAUGUGUUUUCUCAAGUUGCCAGUGUGAUCUCUUAAAAAUUUAGUUUCCAUGCUUUCUACCUGGCCAGUUGACAACUUGAAGAAACAUUUCCUGAUUUUAAAGAAUAAUUUGGCCAGAGAAUGUAUUCAGGCAGAUUUGUUUUAAAGUCAGUCUUCAUCAGCCUUGGCAACUUCAGCAGGGAGAGCUGUAAUGGUUACCCAGUCUCCCCCUUAUUCUCCAGGGUCCUUCCCUCUGAAGUUGAAGUAUUAGAGUCUAUCUAUCUGGAUGAGCUACAGGUGAUGAAAGGGAAUGGCAGAUCACCAUGGGAGAUCUUUAUCACUCUGCACCCUGCCACCGCAGAGGUCCAAGAUUCGCAGUUUGUCUGCUGUACUCUGGUUCUUCGGAUCCCAGUACAGUAUCCCCACGAGGUGCCACAGAUCUCCAUCCGUAACCCUCGAGGACUUUCAGAUGAGCAGAUCCACAAGAUCUCACAGGCACUGGGCCAUGUGGCCAAGGAAGGACUAGGCACUGCCAUGCUCUAUGAACUCAUUGAGAAAGGGAAGGAGAUUCUCACGGAUAACAACAUCCCCCAUGGUCAGUGUGUCAUCUGCCUCUAUGGGUUCCAGGAGAAGGAGGCCUUUACCAAAACACCGUGUUACCACUACUUUCACUGCCAUUGCCUUGCCAGGUACAUCCAACACAUGGAGCAAGAGCUGAAUACACAGGAACAGGAGCAGGAGCGACAGCAUGUUGUUACCAAGGAGGCAGUCGGUGUGCAGUGUCCUGUGUGCAGGGAGCCUCUUGUGUAUGAUCUUGCCUCGCUGAAAGCAGCCCCUGAACCCCAACAACCCAUGGAGCCGUACCAACCCAGUGCAGAGAGCUUGCGCCAACAGGAAGAGCUCAAACGGCUGUAUCAGAGGCAGCAGGAAAAGGGUGGCAUUAUCGACCUUGAGGCUGAACGGAACCGAUAUUUCAUUAGCCUUCAGCAGCCUCCUGCUGCUCUUGAACCUGAGUCAGUUGUAGAUGUCUCCAGAGGACCCCAACCUCCCAAUGCCCUUUCUGCAGAACAAUCUACUUCCUUAGCUGUCCAAUCAACUCUGCCAACUCCUCUACCCAUGGCGACCCAGUAUGUGUAUGAGAAGACUUCGGGGCCUGGGCCAAAUCAACAGAGGCCGGGUGAGACUCAGAAAUCCGUGCUAGAUCCUCCACGACCCGGUCGUGGCUCCUGGCGACAGUAUGAUCGGAGGCACCCAAAAGGAGGGGAGUGCUGUGCCCCAAAAGGUACCAGUGAAAUCCACGAACUGCCACCUCCUGAGAAGCCUCUCAAGGAGACUGUGGACUUAAAGGCAGAACCCCGUAACAAAGGGCUCACAGGUCAUCCUCAGGAGAAGGGGCCUGGUAGCUGGCAGGGCCCCUCAGCUCGCAGGACUCGGGACUGUGCUCGCUGGGAACGCUCCAAAAAUCGUACACCGGGUUCUUCCUAUCCCCAUCUACCUCGGGGCCAGGGAACAUACCGGUCUGGUACUCGCAGGGAGCCCCUGGGCUUGGAAUCUGAGGAAGGUUCCUAGCAGUACUGUUGGGGGACAGGGAAUUGGGGUGGGAGGGAGGCAAUAAAGAUUUGACCUUUGCUUAACAGCA